GUGGGAGGGGGUUGCGUGUGUUGAACCGCGGGUGCUGGUUCUCUCGCUCUCUCCCCGUGAGGUAACGGUUUCCCCGCCCCCCCCACAUCCCCGCCCCGACCGACAUGAUGUUCUUUUCCCGGAGAAGGAAGCCGAGCGAAGAGGGGCGCAAGCGGCUGGAGUAUCAGAUGUGCCUGACCAGGGAAGCGGGUGCGGAUGACAUCCUGGACAUAUCGAGGUGUGAACUGUCUGAGAUUCCACCCGGUGUCUUCUCCACAUUUAAAGUCUUACAGAAGAAGGUUUUGAUCGUUCACACCAACUACUUGUCGACACUAGUCCCAAAGUUGAGCAACAUCCAGGACCUGGCAAUGGUGAAGAUUUUAGAUCUCCACGACAACCAGCUAAGUUCACUUCCCGAGGAACUGGGUCAGCUGUCAUCUCUCCAGGUCCUUCAGGUGGAAAAUAACCAUUUGAAAUCCCUGCCCAACUCCAUCGGGUCACUGCAUCAGCUUCAAACACUGAAUCUCAAAGGAAACCGAAUCAAGAAGCUACCUGAAUUGCUGAGUGGACUGAAGAGCCUGCGUACCCUGGAUUGCAGCCACAACCAAAUCCAGCAGCUGCCACAGGAUCUGGCUCACAUCCGGACACUUGAGUCUCUCAGUUUGGAUGAAGAGAUUAUGGUGUACCCUCCAAGCAGCGUGUGCAGAGGUGGAACGGAAGCAAUCAAACAGUUCCUGUGCCAAGAGCUCGGCAUCGACUACAUACCCCCGUCCCAGUACCUGCUGUCCGUGCUGGAGAGCGACGGCUCCACCAUGGAGACCAACGGCGCCUUCCUCCAGCAGCAGCAGGAAGACUCGCAGUGGCAGAGUAAAUUCAUGGACUAUGAGAAGAGGAAGGUUCAGAAGCAGCAGGAGAAGCUGGAGUUUGAGAGGAGACUGAACCAGGAUCAGCGGGAGCGAGCUGAGCUCAUGCAGAGUAACAACGUUCACAAAGCCCAGAUCCUUAACUCCAUCAGACAGGAACAGGGGAAGCUGGAUAGGGAUCUCCGGGAUCAGCAGCGUUCCGUGGAGCUGGGACGUCGGCGACUGCAGCAGGAGCUGAAGGAGGCGGAGUACACAGUAGACAACGUCAUCCACAGUCUUUUGGAGGAUAGCGAGAGAAGGAAACAGAACUCUGAGCUGCUGAAUUCACUGGAGAUAGAGAGGCUGAGAGUGAAGCAGCUGAUGGAGAUCACACAGGAGGAGAACGAGAAGCUACGGAAGAAAGAGGUGGCAGGUGCGAUGCAGGCGAUGCUGUCUGAGAGUAACCUGAACAGACUCCUGCAGACCGUCUACGAGACACAGCGGCAGUGCCUGAUAGAGGAAGCCUGCUCCAGCAUGGCUGAGAUUGAUGGGAAGCUCCAGAAAAUCCAGACCUGGCAGCAGGAAGAUCAGAGCAAGGCCAUCGGGCAGAUCCUGGCUGAGGCGGAGAUGCAGAAAGUGGCGUUUGAAACUUUGCAGAUGAAGAAGGACGGGGAACAUACACGAAUCAGAGACCAGAUCAAACUGAUUGAGAGUGAGUUAAUGCAACUGACAAAGAUCGAGUUAGACAGACGAGAGGUUGACUUGGAGGAUCUGCAGGAAACACUGGCAGAACAGCGGCAAGCACUGAGCGACCUCCUGCAACAGCUGCUGAAAGAGAAGAGGCAGCGAGAGAAGGAGCUGGGAGACCUGCUGCUGGAGAUGGAGACGAAGCACGAGACCAACCAGGAGAAUUACUGGCUGAUUCAGUACCAGCGGCUGAUGGACCAGAAACCCCUGUCUCUCCGAGCACGGGAGGAGGGUGUAGAGAAGGAGCUGGUGGAUUUGUUGGUGGAUCUCUCUGCAGACCGGUACUUGCCCCUUUUUGCACAUCACAGAAUUACCCUAAAGAUGCUACGCUACAUGACUCCUGCCGAUCUGCAACAGAUUGGGAUCAUUGAGGGCAGACUACAGCGGGCUAUUCUACGACUUGCUCAAGAAGGUGCAAGGCCAGAGCCCACAGUACUGCCCGUCUCAGCGAAAGGCUCUGCUCCUGAAGUGCAGCCCAGUGCUCCGGCUGAAAUACAGCCCAGUGCCCCUGCUGAGGAGGAGGGUGAGGCAGGACCCUCAAGCCCUCUACUGAAGGUUUCCCGGGCGGUGGUGGCUCAGUCCGAGUGUGUCGUUUGUCUGGAGCGAGAAAGCCAGAUGAUCUUCUUGCCGUGUGGUCACGUUUGCUGCUGUCAGCCCUGUGCUGUAGUCCUGCGCACUUGCCCUCUCUGCCGUGCGGGCAUUGAACAGAAAAUCCGCAUGUAUCGUACGUCCUGAGUGGCCGUCCCUCCCUCAUCAAUAGCUGCCUGAAACGUCCUUCACUUGGUCCAGUCCUGUCCUAUAGCCCAGCUACACUGCUCACUGUGCAGUGUGACUGACUGCCUGCAGCCAGGGGAGGCGUUCUGUUGGAACAAUAACCUUUUCACUGCUGGUCUGAUUUGUUAAUUUAGUGUCAGCCCUGACGUUAGCUGGUCUGUGCUUCAGGAGGAGCGUUGCCGUUUGCGAUCUGUGUAGCAGCGUUUAGAAUGGAAAAGACCCUAGAAAUUGCUGGCUUAUUCCCAGUGCUUUGGAAUUAAUGUUGAAUGGUUCCGGUGAUGUGUUGGAGGGUGCUGUGAGUUACUGUUGGAUGUAUGCGAGUUAUUGGAAGAGAUGGCCUCUGUUUCUCCCCCACACCCCCUACAAUGUGGAGUCCUGUAGCUCAGUGGUUAGAGCACUCGCUUUGCAAGCGAGAGAUCUGAGUUCAAUUCCAGGCAGGACGAAACCUUGGGCAAGUUUCCUUACUCCAUACAGAGCCUAAUAAUAAUCCCUCCAAAAAAACAAAACAAUAAUAAAUUGGUCAUUUUCAAUCUACGACUGUUUGUGGGACAUUGCUGUGCGCAAUUGGCUGCCGCGUUCGCCCACAAAUAUACAGUCAAUUCACUUUACAGUGUGUUCUGUGAAGCGCUUUGGGACGUCCUCCCGACGUGAAAAGCGCUAUAUCAAAUGCAAGGAUUAUUAUUAUUAUUACAAUGCUAGAGAGGUUCAGGUUAGAUAUUGCAGUGUUAUAACCUGUCCUGGGUUCAUGGGAAUGUUGAACUCCACUAAUAGGAUGUAAAGCUAGAAGUUGUUUGUCGAUCAACGUGAGUAGAAAGUGUUCUGAUGUGUUGAAAUAUUAUAUUGGAGGAAUUUUAGAUUUGUGUUUUUGUUGCCCUGAUCAGCAUGUUCCCACGGGCAAUGUUUUACGUUCAGACCUUGUAUAAUUCUACACUGUCUGUGCUCAGGGCAGAUUUACAAUGUACGAUUUUGCGAAGCUUCUAUGAAAGGAACUGCUUUUUGAAAAAAAACACUUCACUGACAUCAGCACUGCAGAGCUCUGUGUUCCUUCAGUGGUCUGGCUGGCUGCCUAGGCUGUUGUCACAGCAUAAAUUGUUCAGCUCGGUAACCCAGUGCCUGAAUAGAGUACAGCAUUGCAGACAGUUAGCCUGUUUUGCAAUCAAUUUAUUUUCCUUCCCACUUCUGACCUUUCACUUAAGACUUUGUUGGGAUGGAACUACACAGCUUCCUGCUUCAGUCCCCAAGGUGGAGAAAGGUGCUUAAGUCUUACUGAAAGUAGUUGAUACUUAAACUUCCAAGUCUAUUCCAAUACCUUCUUUGAGUAAUUUGCUUGAAGCAGUGAUUUAUAACUGAGAUUGGAUGAUUUCCCCAGAGGCCACAUCAACCCCCAGCAACAGAUCAGGACUGGUCACAUCUGUCCAUUCAGGCAGAUUCUCCAAACCACAGCUGCCUUAAGUAAUCCAGCCUUGACCCAGACCAUACCCUGAGGUUAGGCAUGGCACAUAUCCAUACAGUGCUGUUCCACUCCUCACCCCAACACAGUUGGGAAGACGUUGGGGCUGCUGGAAAGUUUUUACCCCCACGUGCUGCACUUUCCCUGGGAAUAGACUGCAUCUCACAUAUUGCUGCCCAAUGUGAAAGGCGCUAUUUCAAACCAAGUUGUUGAAUUCUUGUUGCUACCAAGGAGAUGAUGUGUCAGUCACAUAUCUUGCCCAUCUACCUGGCUCUCAGUACUGGAACUGCAUGUUAGGCUUGUAACUGCUCAACUAUCUUCUCUGUGGCUGACUGAAUGGAUUUAUUUUUCAUUAAAGAUUUUAUAUUUAUUUGAACUUUA